AGAAGAUACAUAGGGCAAAAACAAUGAGUCUCAAGUUCAUUCUAUUAAUAGCUUCACUUUUACUUUUAUGUAUCGCAUCGUCCGAUUCGGCAAUCCUUCCAUUUCUCAGAAACCAGAAACUUCUCAAUGAAGAAGUUGGAAAAAUUCACAUUCACAAGGAAAACAAGAUCAGCGUAAAAGUCAGCCGUUCACCUCCUGCCAAAGGCAGAAAUUGCUGCAAUGAUUAAAAGAAGCUCUGCACAAUAUUCCCAACAUCAUCAGAGCUUAAAUAUGUAAAAGACUAUUUGCUCAUUAUUGUAUAAGUUUCAGUGGUAAAGUGUAAUUAAAACAAGGUAUGUUUUCAACUUUCCAAAUUUUUUAUUUCUCCUCCUGUAACACACUCUUACUCCUCCGCCUUGUUGUUAUCUCCGUAAAAUAUAUUGUAUGUUUAGUUUAGUAAAGAGGUUCUGUCACCGGGAAGGGAAUUAAUGACUUCAGCUCCAAUUACAUAUUUUAUGAAGUUGAGCACUUAAAUGGCAGUAGAUAUUAUCUAUAAUUAGAUCUAAGUUGCUAUAAAAGUAUGAUGCACAAUGUGGAUGUUAAAAAAGGAUUACUAGAACGUGAUGUGGGGGUUAUCACAAAUUCUACUUCAAAUGGAAGCCACAAGAGCAGAGUCACUUUUUCAUAUCUGCUAAUAUUCAAAUAUGUAUUCAGAAAUCGGAAGCUCUGCUAGAAACGUUUCAAGUAAAAGCAAAUACAAAUCACAGAAA